GUUGGAAUGAUAUAUAGUAUCCGCUGUGGCUUUCGUCUGGUCUGGGCAAGCAAGCAGGCAGUUUCUGAUUGUUUUUGUCUUGUGUUUUAUACUCUUUAACGGCCUUUGGUCUACGGUUGAUUGGCUUGUUUAUAUGAUCCUUUCAUCCAUCCAUCUUUCUAUCCAUCUUUCUAUCCUCACCACCAAAACAAUUGAUGAUAUAAUUGAUAUAAUACUCCAUCAGCCCUAACUGUCUACCUACCGCCACUACACCACACCAAAAGAUCGAGCAAAAUGACAAACACCCUCCCCAACCCCCUCGCGCGCUUCCGCAAACACUCCGUCCCCCACAAACCCCUCCACGAGCGCUGGGGCGACAUCGACAUCUCCGUCCCGACUGAGGGCUCCUGGAACCAGCUGGAUAAUCCUCAUCGAUCGGGCUCUCAGUUCCAGUCUCAGUCUCAGUCUCAGUACUCUCAUCGGUCCUCGUCAUCGUCAACUACCACCACAUCAACAGCGAAACCCAAGUCCAAGGGUUCCACUUCCAACAGAGCAACAUAUCAUCUCACCUCCGCGGCCAUCUCUAUGCCUGUCUCAAGUCGGUACCAUGCUCAGAGAAGUAGAAAGGGGGGUCAUAGGGAUGGGGGUGGUGAUGGGGAUGAGGUGCCGCUGAUUAGCUCUUCGACUACGACGUCUACGUCUACGUCUACGUCUACAUCUACGCCUUCUUCGACCUCGACCUCGACCUCUCAUGUGAAACUGCACCGUCUCUCUCUCCGUCCAAAGCACUCUACUUCCACCUUCCCCCCCUCAUACGCACCAUCAUCCACAUGCACAUCCACAUCCGAAUACCCCAAAGAAAACGACCCCCUGCAAGCCCGCCAACUCAAAGCCUCCCGUCGCGUCUCCCAAUUCGCCUACCGCCCCAUCUCCCAGGAUUAUCCGACCGAGGUCCGCGCGAAGAGCGUGAGUCCGUUUCAGUAUCGGUAUAUUCCUGCUGGAUCUGGGUCUGGGUCUGGGUCUGGGUUGGACGGACAUCUGGGCACGGGGGGUGUCAAUGUCAAUGUCAAUGUCAAUGUGGAUGUGGAUGGGGUGAAGGAGAGGGGCAGGGGCGGGGGCAGUGGCAAGGGAAGGAGGGAUAGUGGGUGUUAUUAUUCCGAGAACAGUUCGAAUGACAGGUCCGGGCAGAGGAGGAGUCGGUUGACGGAGCACAUGCGCGUGGAUGUUUACGAUACGAGGUCUUCGAGCGCGGUUCGAGGGGUCGGGAGGUAUUUCACUAGGGAUAUGGUUCCUGAUAAGGAGGAUAUUUAUGGAUGAUUUUUUUUUUUUUUGAUUUUUUU